AAGCUGUUUCGGUUCAAGGGUACGCCGCUUCCCACAGCAGCAUUAGUUAUAAGUUUUGCUUCCCCAUACGCUUAGCAGCCCAGGUUUAGCCCUUCGGGCGCGGCGGCCAUGCAAGGCCGGGCCAUAGGUCUCUGGAUUGGUCCGGAUCUUGAUCUGGAGUAUGCCGCCCAGGCAGCGUGGUCUCCGGGCAAUGUCUUGGAGAUCAAGUGCUUGGACGACGAAGGGGGCCUCCAGGGUCGGGCGAUCUUGAUCGUAUCCGGCCCUAGGGUAAGGCUCGCAUCUUCGAGUGCACUCUCUUUCUCUACGCUGGGGACCCCUACUUCCAGUACUGAUGACGAGGUCACCUUCAAGGGCGCCGCGGUGGUUCUGGUGCGGCGCUGGCGGGUGCUCAAUUGCAGCCAGAAGGUCCUGGACCUCGACAACAUCGGGUGGCUCAGCCAGAAGGCCAAGCAUCGGGAGGCUCAGCCAGAAGGCCAAGGACGUCAUCAUAGGGCAGGUCGUCAACAUCACGGCGUCGAUCGAGGAGGGGACAGAGAGCGACACGCGGGCGCGCGACGGCGACGUGGCCCGCCCUACCUUGAUGGACGGGCAAGGCUCACCUCGGGACGGUGUGCAGGCCGAUUUUGAUCGGCCCCGCUCGUUCCUAGGGGAGGUGAUGGCUGGCCAUCUCCGCGGCAGAAGCGCCCCUCGACCUGACAGGCCUCCGCUGACCCGUCGGGGAGAUCGGGGAGCAUCCCCACGGAGGCGGCCCAGUGCGGGGCGAGCCCCCAACCGCCCGUGGCCGCUCCCAGACUCCGAUCCCUCGGGCCCCCGGGCCGUGGCGAGCACCGCCGCGACGGUAGCGGGGUUGCCCGCGGAGCAGUGGAGCCCGAGGCUGCGCGGCGCCACUGGGCUCAAGAGCUCGACGGGCCUUUCGAUCUUGAGCCCGACGGUCGUCGUGGAGGUGAGCACCGUUGACGCGUGGAUGCGGCAGGAGAUGACGGGCGGCGUCGUCCGGAACAGGCCGACGGCAGGGACCAGCGCAACCUCCGUCGCCAUGGGCGUGGGACAUGGCGCUCCAGGAGCCGGUGGCGCCAUCGCAGCCGGUCCCGUUCUGCUUCGGGAAGUCGGCUUUUCCGGGGCCUCGUCCACCAGGCACGGAUCCGCAGGCGCGCCCCGUCUCGUGGGCUGCGGCUGGCGCCCGGGGCGGCUGGCGGCCCGGCUUUGCCAAUCGAUGAAGGAGCGAGUCGGCAGGGGCGGGGGGGCGAAGGCUCGAGACAGGAGGGUUGCCUAAGCGAGUGCAAAGUCGUAGUGUUCAAGGGUCCUGAGGCCCGCGACGGAGGAGUGGAACUCGUGCAGGAUCCUGCGGGAGGUGCGCAUGAUUCAGGAGGAAAAAAACACAGGCACA